CCGACCCGACCCUUUUGUCGGGCCAACUCGGACCGAAAUCGUCUUAUUAAAAAAAAAAAGAAAAAACACCCCUUAAAGCACUCAUUCACUUUUUAACCUAAACUUAGAACACCUUAUUAGACUUUUAUCUUUUAUAUAGUGCCAGUUCUAAUGACUCGAUCAAGAUCGCUCUAUACUGUACAUGACUCUAAAAAUGCUUUCGCAACUUUCGCAACUGUGUGUUUGUGCCAUGAUUAUCUCUUAAACUUUCUGUGACUGUGUUGCCUUUCUUCACUGAUCUUUCUUCGUACCCCUCCUCCUUUUUACGUUUUUUUCUCUUUUGGCAGAAUUGAUUUUGAAUUAAGAUUUAAAAAAAUGCCUGAGAAAGCCGAACCAAUCCUAAAGGAAACUCAAAGAUCCAACUCUGGAUUAAGACAUAAACGACCAUUUCGGAAUCGUACAAGAAACACGUCAUCGAUAUUCGUCCUUCUCUAGUCCAUGUGACGCUAAGUCUUCUUCUCUUCUACUGAGAGCCGAACGGACCGCAUGAAUAUUCCCGUCUUUUAAUUUUCCACGUUUUCCCUUGUUGUCCCCGUUCCCGGCUCAUUUCCAUAGGAAUCUUUCAUUCCGGUUUUUUCUCUUUUCACUCAAACGGUUGUGGAAUCUGUUUUUUAUUGGAAUUCUUAUAAAGAAUAAGCAAUAUUAUCCGCGGGACGGUAUUUAGUUGCUAGGUUUUUUUUAAAAAGCAAUAUUUCUCUAACAAAACUGUGACAAUAAUAGAGUUUUAUAAUAGGUUUUAUCAAUGUUGUUUGAAAUUAUGUUAGUUACCCGACUAAGCGACGUUAAGCACAAAAAAGCCAUAAAACACACAAAAAUUAAGCAAAAAUUUAAAAACGACUAAACCCUCUAACUUUACUCUCAGAGGAAAAAAAAACAAUCGGUGUUAUCACCCCUCCCCACUCAAUAUAUAAAAAACUAUGUAUGCGGCGGCAGGUGGCGCCUCAUUAGCAAGCCGUCAAGCGCGCCAAAAACAGCGUCAACAAAAAACCAAGCAACUAAAAGCCCAAAAAGACUUAACCCCAAAACCUCCACAAGCGAAACAAUUCCACAACUACACGGAUACCGCCGCCGCCCCCCGUCUCUCCAGAGUCGAGAGGGGUACCCUAAAACCGCCAAGCCAAGGCGAAAGGCGGCAUAGCACCUCCAAUUAUCAUCUGAAAGAGCCCCAUGCCAAAUCACGUAUCCGUGAGAGUCCUAGUAUUUGUAUUCCUGUUCAACCUACUAGUCAUCACCAUCAUCAUCAUGCUUCCACUCACCAUUUGCCCCAGCUGCCCUUGUCCCCGACCACGUUGGUGCAACAGAACCAUGUGGCGGAGUCUACGUAUUCGUUGCAGAAUCAGCUGCCGCAAAUUUUCGUUCCUGAAGAUGGUAAGUUGGAGAGGAGGUGCAGUUUCGUCAGGCAGGUGGAGGAGGUGGGGAAGAAGGAGGAGGACGUGUUGGAUCGAUGUAACCAUAUUUGUAACUUUGAGAUUAAGGAUAAGACGUGGGAGAGUAAUACGCAGUAUUAUCUGGAUGAGAAGGAAGUGUUCGGGAGUCUGGAUUAUCCGUUUUCUGAGUGUUCGCAAGGUCGUACCGCAUGGCAGGAACGGGAACGGGGAAGGCGCUGUUCGCUCUCCGAGGAAGCGCGGCAACACCGCAUCAAGCAAACGGAAGCGCACCACCGAUGGAUGAAACGAAAUCGGAUCCACGAUACAACUUAUGGUGGAGGUUCAGACGACGACGAAGAAUACGUAGCCUUUCACCAAAGCGCAGCCGCGAACGCCUUACUUUAUGUAGGACUCGGUACUACUGCCAUCGGUAGCGUUAUUUUCUUCGUGGGUACUGGAGAAAAAGGCUUCAAGACUUUGGAAUUAAGACUUAUUGGGCCUACGCUUAUAGUAGCCGGACUUCUAUGCUGUCUAAUCAGGGUGCUCCUCUGCGCAUGCCCCACAACGUGUUUUAGGUCGCGCAACAAAACUAGAUUAAAAGAAAGCGCCUGUCCUCAUAGGGAUAGCAGGCGCAGGUUAGCCCCAAGGUAUCCAGAAACAGCCGAUCAAGUGGACUUCGUACCCGCCGACAAGACUGCUCUCUUGCACAAAGGCACGCGGAAAAAAGUCUCUAUAGUGCCGCCGAAUUAUAGUUUACCCUCGACCAGCACCAGUGAGUUUAAAGAGCUGCCUUCGUUGAAUAUCGAAAGUGAGGUUAGGAAGUUAAGUAUACCACAGAUUCAUUUACCAUCACUUCCGGACUCCGAGGAACACAGUAGAGUAUCACACGAAGACAGCAUGAUCGAAUUGGCCCCAAUGGACUUCAUCUACGAUAUCCAAAGUGUCUCGAGUAACGACAGCGAAGGCCUAACGGUUAUAGAGAAAAAAGAGACGGAAGACUCGACCUCGUCUACAUCGAAAGUGAUGGUGGCGGAAAGUUCGAAAUUGACGAGAAUCCGUGAACCGGCGUGUAGUAAAAGUGACGUAGUGAUUUCAAGUGCUUCCGGCCAUAAAAGUGAUAGUGAUAACGUUAAAACGGAGAUCGGCUACGCUUCGGAGACAUUGAGCGUAGUGAUCGAGCGUAGUGAUAAUAGUGAAAGUUCGUUGAAUAAUGCUUCUGACGGUAGUGAACCUAGUGGAGAGCAACUGAUGGUCAGGGGGCAAGAGGAAACGCGGAAAGAACAAAAGAAAACUACUAGUGAUACUAAGCAUAGCGGGAUCGUGUUGAGCCCGUUACAGUUAGGACAAUAAUAAGUACGAAAAAAAUUGAA